AUGGCUGCUCGGAGCGCCGCCACCGCAUCUGCUGCGCCAUCCACCUCCCCAUCUCUGCGUACCCACUUCUCCUCGCCACCAUAUAGACCUUCCAAAUAUAUCCGCUUCCCUCUCUCGUCUCUCCUCCUUCCCUCCCUCCUCCUGCUCAUCCUCUCCGCAAUCCCUCUCCGCACCGGCUCCUCCCCCAUCACUCCCGCCAACCCCUCCGCGCACCUACCGCAACUACACCGUCGGUCCCCCGCCUCCGCCGUUCCCUCCCCCGCGCCCCGCCAUCCGGUCUCCGCGGAAUCUCCGCCACGGGAGUCCGCGCGCGAAGAAGGAUCACCGCAAGGCGGAUGCGGUGCGCGAGAGGGAUCGGCGGGUGAGCGAUCGUCAUGGGAGGCGCUAUCGCGACUGUCGACGGCGAACGACGCGGAGUACCGCGCGCUGGUUGCGCCGAUGGCGGAGUUGGCGGCGAACGCGUACCGCUGGUCGUUCGCGCCCGUGAAGGAGGUGCCGGGGUGGCGGCUGGCGGAAAGAGUUCCGCCCGUUGCGCCGAUCGACGGCGGCAUGCACGCGCUCGUGUUCGAGGAGGACACGUCAUGCAACGAGGCAGGACGCGGCUCAGAAGGCAGUGCGGCAAGCGAGGGAGAUGCAGAAGCACAGCAGCAGCGGCAGCAGCAGGCGGACCUGUGCGCGGAUCACCUGCUGUGGGGGGACCCCUCCGCGCCCCCCCCUGCCUUCUGCGCGCGCUUCCCCCCCGCCACCCUUGACUACUACUCCCAGGCGCUGGCGCUCGUGGGGAAGGUGAGGGGGGGAGAUGGGGGCUGGGGGGAAGGGAGGAAAAGAGAGCAAGGGAGUUUCAGUGGGGGAAAGAGAGGAGGGAGGGUGGAGAGAGGAAGGGGAAUGGGGGAAACAGAGGGAGGGGGAAAAGAAAGGGGGCCGCGCCUUGUCACUCUCUCCUCCCGUGCUCUCACUCUCAACCGCACUGCACGGCCACAGGUGCUCUCUGAAUAUGGCCGCGACACCCCUGUUCUCCUCACAGGUGACGCCCUGCCCUGUCCCGUAACGGUUGCAUGUCGUGCUGUGCUGCUGCUGGGAUUGCCUGGGGUGCGGGUGGGGAGGUGUGCGGAUGAACGUCACAGUUUAGGAGGAGGCUUGGCAGUGCUUGCCUCUGCUGCCUUCUCCUCUGCACCGCUUCCCCUCUCCGCCACACCCCCUCUCUCCUCCCGUGCUCUCACUGCCACCUCUGCUGCUGCUGCUGCUGCUGCUGAUGAUGACGCUCUCUUCUCGGGGUCUCUUGUGCUGCCGGUGCUUGCCUUCUCGGCAGCUGGAGCACGCGGCGCAGCACAGCGGCGGCAUCUGACCUUUGCAGCAGAGCGCAGUCACCUGGCGUACAGCAUUGCUGAUGUCUGGGACCCACUCAUUCAGCUGGCGCCCCACCAGCAGCUCGGCGCGCUCUGCCUCUACCGCUCCCCAGAGCCCCCUCCCUGCCUCGCCUGCUACGGCAAUGGCUCCCUGUCCUCCUCCACACGCAGCAAUGCUGAUGUUCAUGUUGGCGAUGGCAAUGGUGCUGAUACUGCUCAUGAUGAAGAGGAGGGCAAGGUCUCUCUUCCAACCUUCCCACCGCACCUCACCCCUCCCAGCAGCACUCCAGCCUCCUCCACUUCCUAG